AUGGUUCAAAAAUAUCAAAGAAAAACUCAGAGGCAGUUAUGGGACGAAGACAAAAUGCAACAAGCAAUAGAAGAGGUCCGCCAUGGCUACAAAACGGCGGCCAGGAAUUUCGGUGUUCCGUUAAUGAGUUUAAAGAGACGCUGUAUAGGAACUAACAAGUUAGCUGUUAAUAACGUUAAGAAACUGGAAAGCAAAACAGGGGUUUUCACUAAGGAACAGGAAUAG